GGGAGCGGGCUGGAGCGCGGCGGAGCUCCUGCCGCCGCCGCAGCCGCUGCCGCCGCAGCGAAGAGGCCAUGUUGUGUGGUGUGUGGGGCGGGGGGAGGAGGAGGAGGGAGUAAAGCCUAGAGAGGAGACGGGAGAGAGACACCACACACACGGCACAAGAUGGCCGGAGAGGCAGCAGCACCACGAGCUGUCAGGCGUUCCGCCGCGGCCGCGGGGCUCACCAGCCGGCGGGGAGCUACGCCCGGACGGCCCGCAGGCCCGUGGGAGUGGGGCGGCCGCGGCUGAGGCGAGGCGGGCCGCGCGCGUCGGCGUCAGAGCCCGCGGCAGAGGCUCCCAGGGCGGCCGGGCCCACGACGCCGAAAGCGCCGCUGCGGUUGCUGCCUCGGAGGCUUCCCUGGGCCCCGGCGGCUGGACCCGGCGCGGGCGGGAGGCUCGGGCGGGCGGUCCGGCCCGGGACUCGGACUUGGGCGACCAGGAGGUGCCGGCUGCCGCGCUCGGACCCGGUGACUUAGAGAUUAAAAUUAAUUUGGUUGCUGAUGGUUCUGAACAAAUAGAGUUCUUUUAUUUGAGGUAUGCCAUUUUGAAGACUGAGACGUUGGAGUUUUAUCCUUGAGGAUAAAAGAAAUCUUUGGGAAAGUCAGUAUUUUAUAUAGCAAAAAUAAUGAACCUCAAACUGAAUCCUCUAAAGGCCCCAUACAAUGAAGUAGACAUUGGUGGAAGCAUUUACACCCAGUCAGCUUGAAGAGUUUCAAAUGGACCCUACCACUGAGAAAUCAAGAUGGCAGUCUACUAUGGGGAAUUGAGAAAAAUGGAUUAAUACAAGAGUCCUGUGAUAAUACACAACCAAGACAGGGUUCUUUUAACAUGGAUUCCAUGCAGUGAAUGAAGACAUAGGUUUCUUAUCCAACACAAAUGGACAGUGGAUUUGACUUUCUAAAGACUUUUUUUUGUGAACAUUUUGACUUUGGAGAAGAAGGAUGGCACACUAACACAGAUAAUAGUUUUUAUGCCUGGAAUUUUUUGUAGUUUGAUUUGUAUGAGUAUGACCUCUUGGAAUGUUAACUUCAAUAAAAUUUAUAACACUUUAAAAUUUCUCAGUUUGGGUUUUUUUUUUUUUUAAGUGGAAAUUUCAUUAAAUGUUUACUUUUAUUUUAGUAAUACUUUGACCUUUAUAGUUGCCAAGUGGUAAAGUGUACUGAAUAAAGCUGGUAAAUUGGAAAUGGUGUAAUCAAAAACAUUUUACUUGGUUUAUGAAGAUUUAUCAUUUUUCACAAAGUUGUGCUCUUAGGUGGUCAUUUGGUUUAAAUACUGUUUUGUUUGUGCUUUCAUGAAACACCUUUCAAAACAACUCAAUGGGUAAUAAGAGAAUCUGAUUUUAAUCUGCCACAAGAUUUUAAUGAACUUGAAACAAACUGCUUGUUGCUCCAAAAUUCAGAAUGAGUGAUACACAUAUACUUCUGAAUUAUUUUGUGUUGAUUGAAAUGGUUUCUUAAGCUUUUUAAUACUAUAAAUACAUCUUGCUAUAGAAUAUUCAUCUGAAUAUUUAAACUGAUGUCUCCUAUUGUCUUACUAUAAGAAGUGUUGGAUUUAUGGGUUAGGGUCCUUGGAGUAUUCACAAUUUUUUACAUUCAUAAUUAUGUGUGUAAUCCAUUUUAUAUAACUUUGAAGUAAGAUUAAUAUCUUGUAUUGUCUUUAUUUUGUACAAUUGGGAAUUUAGAUUAAAUGAACUGCACCCUGCCAUAGAUUACUUAACGUUUGAUUUUUAAAUGCCAGGUUUUCAUUUAUUACUAAUCAACUGAUACCAGUUUUGGUAACUAUUACAAAGGUGGUAGGUGUUAUUUUGAUAGACAAAAUGAGUUGUUGAUUCUGUUUUCCCAUUUUACAUGAGACGAAGAAAUAGUUCAGGUUAAAUUGUUUUGUGUUAAUCAUAUUGUUUGUGAUUAAUGUCAAAUACUGCAGCAUACACAUCCAUGGUCAAUACACGUGCACCAUUUGUUAUUGACUGAUGUGAGGUGGUUGGUCUUUGUUACAUUCAAAAACGGAAUUUUGGAUUUUGAUCUUGGUACAAAAUUUAUCUUUGUGUAGAGAGUAUGGAAUUGAAACAGUUUGGAUUAUGGAUUUUACCUAGAUUGGACAUUGUCGCUUUUGUUUGGUGUAAAUCUAAAAUGGAUUUCUUCAGUGAGGGAGGGACAUGGUUCUGGCAGAAAGGAAAGCUGAUUGGAUUUUUUUGGGUGUAUGAAUAUGCUUGUCUGAAUGGAGUGCUUGGUGAGAAUAUUGUUUUUGGAAUUAGUAAUUUGUUUCUGUGGAUCUCAUGGUCUUGAUAAUUAGGAGAAUUUGCUUUGUGACAUUAACUGUGAUAAUUUGCAAUCAGGUAUGUCCUAUUGUUAAUAACAUUGUUGAAAUGGGUGUGUAUACUUGAUUUGAAAUACAAGGGAAGUGUUGGAGUAUGUGUUUUCUGUUGGAUUUGGAAGUGGAGUUUCUGGGGUUACUGAUUUAAAGGUGAUCAUGGUUGGCCCAUACUCUUGAAUUUAAAGAUACUUGUUUUGCCUGAAUCAGUGUGGGAAGUAAAUAUAUUGUGAUUAUGAGAAGUUUCUUUGGGAGGAGGAGUGUAAUAUUUUCAAAGUUAUAGAAUGGGUUAAAGAAUUUUGUGAAAGAACAAAGAAAAAUGGAUAUUUUUGAGUAAAAAUUGGUUGCAUUAACUUUUGCUCCAAUGCAACUGAACACUAGGGAGGCGCUCUUGAGUUGUAAAAAUUACCCCUUUCUUCCAGUUGAGAUGGAAAAUUCCCCCUUAAAUUUUGUCUUUAGAUUAUUUUUAGGCAUCAUAAAGAAGGAAAAGCUUGAAUUUAGUUUAUGAAAUUAAGGUUUUACUUUUAUUUAGCAAUCAUUUUACCCAUUGGGGGAUUAAUUUUUACAAAGAUUAGUACUUAAGCUGAGCUUUAGAUUCUCUAAGAAUUAUCCCUUUUUCAAAAUGGCUUGAUAAAACACCACUUCCUGUCCAGGGAGGAAGUUAUUUUAGCUCAAGGACUGAAAUAUUUAGCAGAUCUUUAGACAAAAGGAACAAAUUACAUUUCUCUCUGGCUUAAAAAGGGUGCUUGAGCCAGAGGGGGUUAAGAAGCCCUCCCUCCUCCCCCUGUUGGGGUGGUCUGGAGGGGCAGGGAGGUGUGGGGGUGGGGGUCCUUAGGCUCCCUGGGAUGGAGGAUCUCUCUCUCUCUCUCUCUCUCUCUCUUUUUUUUUUUUUGGUGGAGAUGAAGGGGUGGGUCUAUGGUACAUCACCUGAGUUGUGGGGUAAAUGUAGAGAGUGUCAAUCAAAGGCAGAGCUCUCAGAGCUGGGAAGGAGGCUCUAGAUGGCGGCUGUGCCUUAGAGAGAGCGCGCUCUGCUCCCUGCCUUUGCCUCACUUUACGCAACUUUCCCUAACUUUCGGGCAGCCUCAGGGGGCCCCCGUAGCCCCCUGCCUUUCCUAGUGACUUACUGGGGUCGAUUCGAACCUUUUUUUGGGAGAAAAGCAGCUUUUAGGAGCUUUCUUUUCGUGCCUUGUUGGAAAGAAGCAGCCGUACUGAGAGCCCAGGUCGUUGUUUUUUCCAGCUUAGAAGCCAUGGCGCACCUCCAUUUUUGUGCGCUCUCCUAAUGAGGUUUUUUUUCUUUCGGACCUGUUUUAGUAUUAAUUAUUGCUUUAUUUUUUUGACCAGUUAACAUAUUUGAGGGUUAUUUUAUUUAUUUUUCGUUUUUUAACGGAGGAUUUUGCCUUUAUUUUUAAUUAUCUGGGAUCUGAUAUUUUUCUACUAGUAGAUAGGACUCUUGCUUUGGACAUACUACAUGGAUCAGUAAAUACCUGGGCACAGGACUUCAAAGCAAACACAGAUUCCCCCUCCCCCUUAAUAUUUAAGAAUUAAAAGAUGAUGAGAAAUAAGGACAAAAGCCAAGAGGAGGACAGUUCGCUACACAGCAAUGCAUCGAGGUAUGAGCUAUCAACUUUCUUCCUUUUUGUCUUUUUUUUUGGGGGAGAAACCUCAGCUUACAAUUGUUUACCUUGACAGACAUGGAUUGCUGUCUGUUUUAUUGUGUUUUUCUAAUUUGGAUUCGUUUUUUAAAGCAUGACCUUGAGAUUGCUAAUAUGCCACACCCUAAUUUUUUGGUAGCAAUUUAUGAAAGUUGAGUUGUGACUUAAGGCCUCUUACAGCAGUCAAAAGGUAAGGUACCUUUAUUCAAAGGGGCCUUUCCUGUAAUGUACAGUUUUUCUGUCAGUAAAUUUCAGUUUUUAGGUUUUUGUACUGCAGAAAAAUGACCUUGUCGGUUUAGCCAUUGCUGCAUUGCACCAUUUUACAUACAAGGCAAAUUUUUUCUUUGAAGAAUCCAGGAUAUCUAAACUUGUAACUGAGGGCCAUAGAGAAGCCUUGUAGUAGUAAAUUAUAGUAAAUAGACAUUUCAGAAAGUUAUAUGAAUGAAAAAAUGUACAUUUAAAAACAAAAUCACUUAAAGGACCCUUUGACUGAUGCCUCUCAGUUUAUAUUUUUAUGUGACUUUAUAUUUCUUUUGAUAUACUUGACAUUUUAGGAAAUUUUGAUAUGAUUUAUCAAAACCUUUACUUGAUGGUUAGAGUUCCUGCAUUUAUGAAAUCAAAUCUGUAAUAACAGAAAUCCUGGAAUACUCUUAAUAUACUUCUAUUUUGUGUUUGUUAUUGUGAUCAUAUUUACAGUUGUAUAUUUUACAUUUAAAUUAUUUUAAGGUUUGCAUUUGUAUGCUUAAGACAUUGAUUUCUUGUUGGUAGAUGUAUUUUAUCCUCACAUUUUAGAUGUAGCUGCUUUAAAUUUACUGAUGUAUUUUGACAGAGUCAUCUGGAAUGCUUUAUCUUCUGAAGCUUACAAAUGUACUGUUUGUGCAAAUCAUGAUUUGUUUCACAUUCCUUGGAGUACCUUAUUAGUGAUGAAGUAAUAAAGCCUCUAAGAUGUUUUUGUUGUAUGACCUCUGUAUAUUAAUUUUAAAAAGUACAUAUGAAUGCAUUUUUUUGUGUUCUUAAUGCAUUUUCAUAUUAUAAAUUUUAAAUCAUGUAGUUUAACAAGGAUGUGAUUCAUUAUGUGAUUUUCCUUCCCAAUUUUCUUUUUACUUUUCUCAUUUUUAUAAAUAAUACAUUCUUCUAUUAGGCUAGUGAAUUUGAAAGUUUUGAACAUGACAUAUUACUAAUCUGCUGAAUUCUAUUUAUUUUAUUUGACUAAAAGCAUAUUGAGCCUUGCUUUAGAAAAUAAGUUAAAUUUGUUUGCAAAUUGAGUUGUCACCCAGUUUGUAGUGCUGUCUUAAUUGAAUUGCCCGUGUAAAUUAUUAGAUUAAAUUGAGGACAGAAAAGUUUUUUACUCAUCCUAAACUGUUUUUUCUGGAAAGUAAUCACAAUUUGAAGAAAUGAAAACCUCCAGAUAUAUCUGGCAAAUUAUUAAAGAUUCAGCACUAAAAUUGUUGCUCCCUUGAGUGUAUCAUUUGCAUAGGUCUCACAUGGGUUUUGGCUUUCUUAUGCAAGGUUUGUGGUUAACAUCAUUGAUCAGACUGUGCUUUCUAAUUUUAAAAAAUUGAGCAGUGUUCGUAUUCUUUCAGUAUUUUUACUCUCACCUGGAAAACUACCUUGAAGUUGUCAGGCAUUUGCCUCCUGGUAGUGGAGGUUACAGCUGAACAUGAAGCAUGUACUGACUGUACUUUUGAAAUCAUUUGUCAAGUGUACUUUGAAUCAUAUACCUGAUGGAUUUCCAAAAAUAUUUAAGACACUCUUUGAAAAGAAAGUAGUUACUUUUAAAUGAGUUACCCUAAAUUUCAUACCUUAAUACAUGUACAUGAUUAUGACAUCACUUCCUUUUAAAAUUGUGCAGCUGAAGAAUGUUACUAGUGUUUUAAUGUGAUAGAUUAAUGUUACUUCUAGUGAGCUGAACUGUCCCUGUAAUUAGUACUUGGUUCCUUCUGCCAUCAGAGUUUUGAUUGCCCAAAGUAUAGUGUUUAGGGAAUACGAAAAUCACCUUUGCAGCCUGAGCCACAGAAGAAGAAAUGAGUUUGCAGGUCAAGUAAACUUUGGUCUGAGAAUUACUUUAGGAUCUGGAAGGAAUGAGUGCAAGUUUAGGUAAAUCUGGUAAUACCCUGUUUUUGGAAAUAGUGCAGUAGUUAAUAGUGGUUACAUAAGUUUGUAUUUGAAUUUGAAGUUAAUGCUAAAGUCUAAUACUUAUCACGAUUUUUGAAGAUUAAAAAUUAACUUUAAAAAAUGCUAUUUUAAAAACAUUUGAUAUUUGUAAAAUUUCUAAGUAUUUAAAACAAAGUUUUAGUGAUGGACAUACAAGAAGUAUGCCAUACUUUUUAUCUGAAUAAUUUGCAGCUCGUGGGUAACUUAAGUAACAUCAAAGAAUGAAAAGGGGACUGUGUGCACACAAAGAGUUCAGUGUGUUCUCUUAGGGCACCACGUUCGCAAUUUAUCUUCAAGAAUUGAACGAGUUUAUUAAAUUUAUCUCCAAAUCGUCUGCCUUUGAGCCAGAUUUUUAUAACCUGAGGUACGGGUAAAUCCUACAAUUUUCAUUGGCACUUUAGCAGUUAUUCUAAAAGGCUGGGGAUGAUUAGACAUGGCAUAAUGCAGUUACUUGUGUACUAGAACAGGCAGUUUAACUGGCAGCCAUUUUAUGACGCUGAUAAUACAUUAAAAAACGGGAUUUUGGAGAAGACUGAAUCUAAACUAACUGAAAUCUGAAAUACCAAAACCUAUUUCCUUCCCCCUCUCUGCUCUUCUGGGGAGCUCUGGUGCUGAAAUAAAAGGCAGCUCGAUAGUUAGGGCACGGAGCAGCUCUUUGAGCCCCUGGCAUCUUGGUGCAGGUCCAGCUUAGUCACAAAAUGGCUGUUCCUUUGUGCCGCAGCGCUGACAGACAUACUGCAUUGCACUGUGUACUCGCCAAACAGCAGGAAGUUGCCGUGCCGAGUUCAAAGGCCGGCCGGUGCCGGCGCGGGGUGCUGAUUGGCUGUGCGCGCGCCUGGUAACAGCAGGGUCAACGGCGGCGCCUUCCGCAGCCCCCGCCCCGUGACGUCAGACGGCUCCCCGCGGGGGCGGGGAGAACGCAGUGACGUCUGGCCGCGUGCGCAUGUCUGGCGCUUUCUCCUCCUCCUACCCAGGGAGCCGCACGCUGAGGGGAAGAGGAAGGGAACUCUAGUUGGGACUUUCCGGUGGGCGGCUACUUUCCUGGACGCGUUUGCUCCUGCAGUCGUGUCCGCGCAUAUCUGUAGCGGUGCGCACCCUGUAGCGUGUGUUCUUUUGCCCAUUUCCGGGAAUGGUUUAUCGUCUUAGAAGCUGCUGCUUUUGGAGAAAAAGUACAGGCACUAUUUGGAAAUCUUAAAAUAGAAAAUUUGCCCAGUUUUACAAUUUUCAUUUUCCCUUUUCAUACCUUAGCGUUUCUCCCUCCCCGCCCCCGUGCAGUGUGAAGAGAUGAGUGGGUUUAAUUUUGUUACCAUUGACCAAAACGUUUGAGUGUCAGAGGCGGAUACGUUUAGUGAAAACCUCUUGACGGGUGUUAACAGCUGUUUAACACAUGGCUCAUAAACAAAGGGAAAAUUUUUUGAACUUGUCCCCGUGCAUUUUUACUUGGUACCGUAGAUUUUCUCAGUUGGUAUUUGGUGGAGAAAAACUCAGUCACUCAGCCUCUGAAGAAGCUUCGGGUUCAGACUCAGGCAGUCAGUCGGAAAGUGAGCAGGGAAGUGAUCCAGGAAGUGGACAUGGCAGCGAGUCGAAUAGCAGUUCUGAAUCUUCUGAGAGUCAGUCGGAAUCUGAGAGCGAAUCAGCAGGUUCUAAAUCCCAGCCAGUCCUCCCAGAAGCCAAAGAGAAGCCAGCCUCUAAGAAGGAACGGAUAGCUGAUGUGAAGAAGAUGUGGGAAGAAUAUCCUGAUGUUUAUGGGGUCAGGCGGUCAAAUCGAAGCAGACAAGAACCAUCACGAUUUAAUAUUAAGGAAGAGGCAAGUAGCGGGUCUGAGAGUGGGAGCCCAAAAAGAAGAGGCCAGAGGCAGCUGAAAAAACAAGAAAAAUGGAAACGGGAACCCUCAGAAGAUGAACAGGAGCAAGGCACCAGUGCAGAGAGUGAGCCAGAGCAAAAGAAAGUAAAAGCCAGAAGACCUGUGCCCAGAAGAACAGUGCCCAAACCUCGUGUUAAAAAGCAGCCUAAGACUCAGCGUGGAAAGAGAAAAAAGCAAGAUUCUUCUGAUGAGGAUGAUGAUGACGACGAAGCUCCCAAAAGGCAGACUCGUCGAAGAGCGGCUAAAAAUGUUAGUUACAAAGAAGAUGAUGACUUUGAGACUGACUCAGAUGAUCUCAUUGAAAUGACUGGAGAAGGAGUUGAUGAACAGCAGGAUAAUAGUGAAACUAUUGAAAAAGUCUUAGAUUCAAGACUGGGAAAGAAAGGAGCCACUGGAGCUUCUACUACUGUAUAUGCGAUUGAAGCUAAUGGAGACCCUAGUGGUGACUUUGACACUGAAAAGGAUGAAGGUGAAAUCCAGUACCUCAUCAAGUGGAAGGGUUGGUCUUACAUCCACAGCACAUGGGAGAGUGAAGAAUCCUUACAGCAACAGAAAGUGAAGGGCCUAAAAAAGCUAGAGAACUUCAAGAAAAAAGAGGAUGAAAUCAAACAAUGGUUAGGGAAAGUUUCUCCUGAAGAUGUAGAAUAUUUCAAUUGCCAACAGGAGCUGGCUUCAGAGUUGAAUAAACAGUAUCAGAUAGUAGAAAGAGUAAUAGCUGUAAAGACAAGUAAAUCUACAUUGGGUCAAACAGAUUUUCCAGCUCACAGUCGGAAGCCGGCACCCUCAAAUGAGCCUGAAUAUCUAUGUAAAUGGAUGGGACUGCCCUAUUCAGAGUGUAGCUGGGAAGAUGAAGCCCUCAUUGGAAAGAAAUUCCAGAACUGCAUUGACAGCUUCCACAGUAGGAACAACUCAAAAACCAUCCCAACAAGAGAAUGCAAGGCCCUGAAGCAGAGACCACGAUUUGUAGCUUUAAAGAAACAACCUGCAUAUUUAGGAGGGGAGAAUCUGGAACUUCGAGAUUAUCAGCUAGAAGGUCUCAACUGGCUUGCUCAUUCCUGGUGCAAAAAUAACAGUGUAAUCCUUGCUGAUGAAAUGGGCCUAGGAAAGACCAUCCAGACCAUAUCAUUCCUCUCCUACCUGUUCCACCAACACCAGCUGUAUGGCCCCUUUCUUAUAGUCGUCCCUUUAUCCACCCUCACCUCAUGGCAGAGAGAGUUUGAAAUCUGGGCACCAGAGAUUAACGUAGUGGUUUACAUAGGUGACCUGAUGAGCAGAAAUACGAUACGGGAAUAUGAAUGGAUUCAUUCCCAAACCAAAAGAUUGAAGUUCAACGCACUUAUAACAACAUAUGAGAUCCUCUUAAAAGAUAAGACUGUGCUGGGCAGUAUUAACUGGGCCUUUCUGGGAGUGGAUGAAGCCCAUCGGUUGAAGAAUGAUGACUCUUUAUUGUAUAAAACUCUGAUUGAUUUCAAGUCCAACCAUAGGCUCCUGAUUACGGGGACCCCUCUUCAGAAUUCCCUCAAAGAGCUCUGGUCCUUGCUGCACUUUAUUAUGCCGGAGAAGUUUGAAUUUUGGGAAGAUUUUGAAGAAGACCAUGGGAAAGGGAGAGAGAAUGGCUACCAGAGUCUUCAUAAGGUGCUAGAGCCUUUCCUUCUCCGGAGAGUCAAAAAAGAUGUGGAGAAAUCCCUUCCUGCUAAAGUGGAACAGAUUCUCAGGGUGGAGAUGUCAGCCCUUCAGAAACAGUAUUAUAAGUGGAUUCUGACCAGGAAUUACAAGGCUCUUGCCAAAGGAACAAGAGGCAGCACGUCUGGUUUUCUUAAUAUUGUGAUGGAACUGAAAAAAUGUUGCAACCACUGCUAUCUGAUUAAACCCCCUGAAGAAAAUGAAAGGGAAAAUGGACAGGAGAUUCUUUUGUCCCUCAUAAGGAGCAGUGGGAAGCUGAUUUUAUUAGACAAACUGUUGACAAGACUUCGAGAAAGGGGGAAUCGAGUGCUUAUCUUCUCUCAGAUGGUGAGAAUGUUGGAUAUCCUGGCUGAAUACCUAACUAUUAAACAUUAUCCUUUCCAGCGUCUGGAUGGUUCCAUCAAGGGAGAAAUCCGAAAACAGGCACUGGACCACUUCAAUGCAGAUGGGUCUGAGGACUUCUGUUUCCUGCUCUCGACAAGGGCUGGUGGCCUGGGAAUCAAUUUGGCUUCAGCGGACACAGUCGUCAUCUUUGACUCUGACUGGAACCCCCAGAAUGACUUGCAGGCACAAGCCCGAGCGCAUAGAAUUGGUCAGAAGAAGCAGGUAAAUAUUUACCGCUUAGUUACAAAGGGGACUGUGGAGGAGGAGAUCAUAGAACGGGCCAAAAAGAAGAUGGUAUUGGAUCAUCUGGUGAUUCAGCGCAUGGACACCACUGGCCGGACGAUCCUGGAAAACAACUCGGGAAGGUCCAACUCAAAUCCUUUUAAUAAAGAAGAGCUGACAGCUAUUUUGAAAUUUGGAGCAGAAGAUCUCUUCAAAGAACUGGAAGGGGAGGAAUCAGAACCACAGGAAAUGGAUAUAGAUGAAAUUUUGCGGUUGGCUGAAACGAGAGAGAAUGAAGUGUCAACAAGUGCAACAGAUGAGCUUCUAUCACAGUUCAAGGUUGCCAACUUUGCAACAAUGGAAGAUGAAGAAGAGCUGGAAGAGCGUCCUCACAAGGACUGGGAUGAGAUCAUUCCAGAGGAACAAAGGAAAAAAGUAGAGGAGGAAGAGCGGCAAAAGGAGCUAGAAGAAAUUUAUAUGCUGCCUCGAAUUCGGAGUUCCACUAAAAAGGCUCAGACAAAUGACAGUGACUCUGACACUGAGUCUAAGAGGCAGGCCCAGAGAUCCUCUGCUUCUGAGAGUGAGACGGAAGACUCUGAUGAUGACAAGAAGCCAAAGCGCAGAGGGCGUCCCAGGAGUGUGCGGAAGGACCUCGUGGAGGGAUUUACUGAUGCAGAGAUCCGAAGGUUCAUCAAGGCUUAUAAGAAGUUUGGUCUCCCUCUUGAACGGUUGGAGUGCAUAGCACGUGAUGCUGAGCUGGUAGAUAAGUCGGUGGCAGAUCUGAAGCGCCUGGGUGAACUGAUCCACAACAGUUGUGUGUCAGCAAUGCAGGAAUAUGAAGAGCAGCUGAAAGAAAAUGCCAGCGAGGGAAAAGGACCAGGGAAAAGGAGAGGUCCAACAAUCAAGAUAUCUGGAGUUCAGGUUAAUGUGAAAUCCAUUAUCCAACAUGAAGAGGAGUUUGAGAUGCUGCAUAAAUCUAUCCCUGUGGACCCUGAAGAAAAAAAAAAAUACUGCUUAACCUGUCGUGUCAAAGCUGCACAUUUUGAUGUAGAGUGGGGGGUGGAAGAUGAUUCUCGCCUGUUGCUGGGAAUUUAUGAACAUGGCUAUGGAAACUGGGAGUUAAUUAAAACAGACCCAGAGCUUAAAUUAACUGACAAAAUUCUGCCGGUGGAGACAGAUAAAAAGCCUCAGGGGAAGCAGCUACAGACCCGAGCGGAUUACUUGUUGAAGCUGCUCAGAAAGGGUCUGGAGAAGAAGGGGACUGUGACAGGCGGGGAAGAGGCCAAAUUAAAGAAGCGGAAGCCUCGGGUAAAGAAGGAAAACAAAGUGCCCAGGCUGAAAGAGGAGCAUGGAAUUGAGCUUUCAUCUCCUAGGCAUUCAGAUAAUCCAUCAGAAGAGGGAGAAGUGAAAGAUGAUGGCUUGGAAAAAAGUCCAAUGAAAAAAAAACAGAAGAAGAAAGAGAACAAGGAGAACAAGGAGAAGCAAAUGAGUUCUAGGAAAGACAAAGAAGGGGACAAGGAAAGAAAGAAGUCAAAAGAUAAGAAGGAAAAGCCUAAAAGUGGUGAUGCCAAAUCUUCGAGUAAAUCAAAGCGAUCUCAGGGUCCUGUCCAUAUUACAGCAGGAAGUGAACCUGUCCCCAUUGGAGAGGAUGAGGAUGAUGAUCUGGACCAGGAGACAUUCAGCAUAUGUAAGGAGAGGAUGAGGCCUGUGAAAAAGGCACUGAAACAGCUUGACAAACCUGACAAGGGGCUCAAUGUGCAAGAACAGCUGGAACACACCCGGAACUGCCUACUGAAAAUCGGAGACCGGAUAGCCGAGUGCCUUAAAGCCUACUCAGAUCAGGAGCACAUCAAACUGUGGAGGAGGAACCUAUGGAUUUUUGUUUCCAAGUUUACAGAAUUUGAUGCUCGAAAACUGCAUAAGUUAUACAAGAUGGCUCAUAAGAAAAGGUCUCAAGAAGAGGAGGAGCAAAAGAAGAAAGAUGACGUGACUGGGGGUAAGAAACCAUUUCGUCCAGAGGCCUCAGGCUCCAGCCGGGACUCUCUGAUAUCUCAGUCCCAUACCUCACACAACCUUCACCCUCAGAAGCCUCAUUUGCCUGCCUCCCAUGGCCCACAGAUGCAUGGACACCCAAGAGAUAACUACAAUCACCCCAACAAGAGACACUUCAGUAAUGCAGAUCGAGGAGACUGGCAGAGGGAAAGAAAGUUCAACUAUGGUGGUGGCAACAACAAUCCACCAUGGGGAAGCGACAGGCACCAUCAGUAUGAGCAGCACUGGUACAAAGACCACCAUUAUGGGGACCGGCGACAUAUGGAUGCCCACCGUUCUGGAAGCUAUCGACCCAACAACAUGUCCAGAAAGAGGCCUUAUGACCAGUACAGCAGUGACCGAGACCACCGGGGACACAGAGAUUAUUAUGACAGGCACCAUCAUGACUCCAAGCGGAGGAGAUCCGAUGAAUUUAGGCCUCAAAAUUACCACCAGCAGGAUUUCCGACGAAUGUCUGAUCACCGCCCCCCUAUGGGCUACCAUGGCCAGGGACCCUCAGACCAUUACCGCUCUUUCCACACAGACAAACUAGGGGAAUAUAAACAGCCUCUACCCCCACUGCACCCUGCAGUCUCAGAUCCUCGCUCACCCCCUUCUCAGAAAUCUCCUCAUGAUUCCAAGUCACCCCUGGAUCAUAGGUCUCCUUUGGAGAGAUCAUUAGAACAGAAAAACAACCCAGAUUAUAACUGGAAUGUUCGGAAAACAUAAAGGACAGCUCGUAAAGGAGAGAGUAAGAGUCACCAAACACGUGGAUAUUUUUGGUCUGAUCCUACAGUAGCCAGUUAUCUAGACCAGUAAGUGGAGUUUCGGACACGCUGCUGCUGUCAACUCACUGGCUGAAGGAGCACUUCAAGGAAUGGGAGGCCUUUCACUGGGUCCAGCUCUGAUUUGGGUCACCACUCCUGCACUUUGGCAGCCCAUCCCAUUCCAGCCUGGUUCUGGCCUCCCACUUUGAUGGGCACUUGAAGGAGGAGCUGACUUUGUGUAUACCAGCUUCACUGGGAUGUGUUUCCCCAGUCAAGGAAUAGGGGAUCUUCAGAGUCAUGAAUGUUUUCUUGCCAGGGUCAGUGUUCCCAGGACCUUAGUGUGUCAUUGGGGCAGGAACUGGUGCAUGGAGGCUGCUGGGACCUGAUGUUACAGUGUGUGAUUUGGUUGAUUUGGUUCACUCUGACAUGUUGGAUGCUGCUGAUGGGGAGUGGGGAGUUGGGGCAAGUGGGUGGGGACAAGCAUAGGACUUGAAGGGGAGCAGGUACACCCCUCACAUGUGUUCUUGGGAGAAAAAACUCGGCCUCAUUAUGUGAAACCUAUGGGCAGGGUUGGGGUGGGGAAGUAGAGAGAGGGCAACAGCUUCCACAACUGCUUUAUCUCUGCCAACACUAAUUUUUCCCACACUGUCUUUGUACAUUUCAGAGGUUUGGUCUCCUGAGUGGGCCUCCUUUCCCCACUGUGCCGGGGAAAGUAGGUCGCUCUGGAUGACUUUUGAGUACUGUGAGUUAGGCAACACUGACUCCAGCAUGGGUCUUACUUGACUGGGGAGUAGGCUGAGUGAGAGGUAGGGUGGGAUAGGGUGGGGAGUAGUGUGGCCAGAGAACUGGAAUCCCUGGUGGAUUUCUGAUUCCUAUGGUGAGAAGGAAAACUACAGGACCUGGAGAAGGGGAUGCAGAGGCAGGCCUGCUGACCAAUUUGUUGCUGGCAAUCACAAAGGUGGGGGUCCUGGUGCAGGCAGUGAACAGGCUUCUAAUGUGGGGUUCAGUAGUGCCAGCAAGUGGGGGAAACUUUCAGUAUUGGGCUAGGUCAACACUUCCUGCUGCUUUUUCCUUCCCUUUGCACAGCUUGAAGAAAUAGAUUGGACGGAAUCACACAUCAUGUGGUGGGCAGAUGGAAAUAAGUACCUGUGGUGAACAAGUUUUACUGUAGUUGGAGAUCAUUAGAAUUGAAUUCAGUUUCUCUUAGAAUAUAAUCAGGUAUAGACCUAAGUUAAACUUUUUCCCAAACAGGGAGCAUCCAAAGACACAGUGACUUGAGCUAUAGAUAGUAAGAAUCAUACUAGAGUUGAACUGAGUCAGGUUUAGGAAGCAAGUUGGUUGCAUCAGUUAAGCAGGCUCUUUUCAAUUUACUGAUGCUGGGGCCUUCAGUUUAUCAGUCUCAGUGUAGCUUGCCAGUAUUGUUAAAGUAUCCAAAGGCCUUUCUAGAUGGAGACAGAAUAACUGACUUGAACAUACAGUGUGCCUGUAAGUGUCCAGGCUCAGAGCUGGUGAAAACCCCUCUGUUAGGCAUGUGCAGCGUUAAACUCCCUGAAGUAACUUGUGAGGACUUCAGUGCUUGCUGGUGUUCUGGGCAGCACCGUGAAUGCCUUUACCAAGACAUGCUGAGUUGUAUCCCCCAAAUGAAGCAGAUGUGGCUGUGAUGUGGCCCUUGCUCCCUGCUACACAGAGCAUUGCAGGAGUGGCCUGUGCGGUUUCCAGAUGAGGGUCCGGGUCCUGGAAGCUUGUAUUGAGAGCUCAGUGGACCCACCCCACUUAUUGAACCCUCAUAGUUGUUGGGGUUGUUCAGCCUGGACUUGUAGCACACAUGCCCUGAAGCAAAGCCCUGGUGACUGCAUGAGCCACCUGACCACAGUCCUCCCAUGGAGGGCCUGCUGUGACGCUCAGUGGAGAGGGCAGGGCAUGUGUCUCUACUUAGGCCACACAGUGAUAAGGAAACCACAGAUGGAGCUUCUUGCUGAUAAUAUUGACUCUAGCCCACGUUUGCCUUGCCCAAGCCAAAGAGGAAGGUUAGGUUGGCUUGUCAAGCCCUUGAGCAAUGGGAGAUGGGGUGGGAAGGGGAUGAGCCCCUGCAGAGAGUUGAGUCAUGUCCUCCAGGAAUGAAAGGAGGGGCAGUGGAGUCACCAGAGGCCCUGCAUUUCCAUCAGGGUUUCCACAGUCAUCAGGGCUUCUCUCGAGUCGCUGGUAGAUGUGAGUUAUGCCCAAAGAUGUCUUAUCAUGAGGAAAAAGGAACUUCCUUUUGUUCACAUUCAGGACUGACUGUUAGUGCCAUAUGAAGUAGCAAAAGGCAGUAUCAGCCAGAUCAGUGUUACAUUGAUUGUAAAAUUACAGUGUCCCCAUUAGACAACUGUUUUAGGUGCUGAAGUAUGUUUGAAGAGUGUUGGGAAAAAGGAAGCAUUUCGUCAUCGAUUUAAAUCAAUAUGAAUAUUAUAUGCUUAAAUAAAAAACAAAUUUGCACAGGUAAAUUCUCUCACUUGUGAAUGGGAGAAGCUGCCCCAGGAAUCUGUGAGGAUGGUAUUCCCUGGAGCCUGGCUUUGAAAGAUUUCGUUGUUGGUAGAAAUAACAGGGGUUGAGGAAGAGGGAUUUAGCAUCACCUAAAACCUGCACGUGAAUAAGGGUUGACAUCAUACACUAUGGCCUUAGAAAAGGGCCACAUGAAACCCCAAGCUAAUCACUGCGGUCUUUCAGAGCCGGACAGACAGGUGCCAGCAGAGCCCGGGGCUCGCUCUCCUUUCAGUCAUUCCUUAGCCCUUCAAAGGGAAGCCCAAACACUUUGCACGCUGUGCUGCAGACAUUCUGGCCUGGUGUGUCUGAAAGUUGCAUCAGUCCUCAUGGUGCAAACACGGUUCAUUUAGGAAGUCACAUAAUGACACUGAAAUCCUACAGACCAAAAUCCACUUGUCAGCAGGAGCAGCAGCCCAGGCCCAGCACCAGCGGUCUUCCGGCUCCUCUGAGGGCUGCCAUGUUGGGCGAGGGGAGCCAUGCCAAGGGUCCAGGCUGCUUUAGGCCAUCUAUGCCCCACUCAUCUGGGGACAGAUGGUUUUUCUUUCUUGUAAAAUUGUGGACUUUUAAAACCUGUUGACUAAACAGUAAUUAAUUUAUAUUUGUGAAAAAUGCCACUGUCCUAGUGAUUUCUGAUGUAAAUAAUGUUGUUUAUAUAGUAUGUAUUAAAUUUUCCUACAUUGUAAAACUGCUGUACUUUUGAUUCUUGUAUAUUAAAAAGUGUUACUGAGGAUUUCUAGAA